AUGGCCACACCAAACAGAUGUUCAAUGUGCCGCAACAGCAAAAGAUCAGGAACAUGUCUCUGUGCAGGAUGCAAAGCAUAUUUUUGCAGAAAACAUUUUACUGAUCAUCAUGCUGGAUUACUCAACGAAUUGAAUGUAUAUAUAGAAGAGCACAAUGUUUUACAAGAGUUAUUCAAUAAUAGUGAUUAUUACGAAGAUACUCGCAGUGAUAUCAUCUCACAAAUUGAUGAAUGGCAACGAAUUAUGAUUGAGAAAGUAAUGCAAGUUGCUGAACAAACUCGUCAACAAGUUAAACUAUCGAGUCCUAGACGAACUGAUGUUACAACGAGAUUCAAGAAAUUUUCUGAAAGACUUACUCAUCUCAAACAAACCGAAGAUUUAGUUGAAGAUGAUUUAAAACAACUCAAAGAUACUAUCUUUGAACUUAAACAUGAGAUGAAUCAAAUGAAUGAACCAAGUUCAGUUGAGCUACACGUCGAACAAGAUGAUCAAAUUCAAUGGGAUCGUCUUAUAUCCGUAAAACGAAAAUCUAUGACUAAUAAAAACAAACAACAUCAACUAGCAGCUACAGGUAAGAAUAUGUUAGUUAGCUGGUCUUAUUUGGUCAGUGGAAACAGACGAUGGGCGUGUGCAUCAGCCUUAGAAGAUCAAAUACACAUGCCACCAAAAAAUAAGCCACGUGAUAUUACACGUGUGCUUAUUAUGGGUGCGGGUCCAACAGGUCUUCUAAUGGGUUGUCUCAUGCGUGACCAAGGUGUGGCAGUUACUAUAGUAGAAAAACGAGAAGAAAUGACACGAACACGAUGUGUUAAAUUAAUGGGAGAAGUUCUUUCAUCAGAUUAUGCUGCUGGUGGAAUUAAUUUAUUUUCCGAAACUCAAAUUGAAGAACGACACAAAGCCAUCGAAUCUAUGUCUCCAAAACUUUUUCAAAAACUUACUAGUUGGCUUGGAAUAUGUACACCACUUCAAAAUAUUCAAAAAGCUCUGCAAGAAUAUUUCACAACAUCAGGUGGUCAAAUUGUAGUAGGUGCUCAAUAUGAUAUUAGUAAAAAUAUAGAUUCACUUCGACAUUAUCCUGAUACUCUUAUCGUUGAUUGUACAGGUUAUCAUUCUGUCUUACGCAAUCAUAUUCAGCCAGAUAAUAUGAACGGUCAAUUGAUUGAAUAUGUACUUAUAUGUACAUUUACAUUUGAUGAUAGAUAUGAAUGUAAUGAAUUAUGUAAAUAUUAUAAGAAUAGAAAUACAAGAAAAUAUCAAGUUAUUCCAUCAAUUGAUGAUACGUAUAAAAUAGGAAAAAGACAAACAUUGGUUACCUGUUUAAUAACAAUCGAUGAAACUCUAUUUAAAGAAAUGCCGAAAAAAGAAUCUAUAACUUAUAAUUAUUUAAAGAAAAGUCAUCGCGAUAUUUAUGAUGAUUUAAAUAUUUUUCUUAACAAUCUUUCAUUUGGACAAUUAGCUAAAAUUCAUUUUGAUACAAUGGAAUUUGUUGCACUUCCUUUACAAAUGUAUCGUGCGAGAAAAACAACAUUUAGUGUUAGUGAUAAUGAUCUUAAUCAACAUUGGAUAUUAUUAGGUGAUGCAGCAAUGGGUGGUCCUUAUUUUCAAUCAAUUAGUAUGGGUUAUGAAGCAGCUAUUUAUUUAGCUUAUCUUAUUGAAAAUAUAGAUAGUAAUGUUGAAUUGCUGAUGACUAAAUAUGAAAGUUAUAUGGAGAAAUUAUGGUUAGCACUUCAAAUACGUUCAAAAGAUAUUCAACGAAAUAAACAAAUUUUACAGCAUAUGUGUGCAGAUGAUCGAAAUGCUAUUUUAGAAAAUAUUAAAGAUGUCAAAGUGGUACAAGUUGAUAAUAAUUAUGAUUUAUCUCGAUAUAAAUAUAAGUGUCCUCAUCAUCGAUACUCUACUCGAAUUAUUUCACGAAAACCAUUGGUUAUCUAUAUUGAAAAGUUUCUUACUCUAAAUGAAAGGCAGCAUUUAAUUAAACUGGCCAGUGAAAAGGAAUUCAAACCUUCAGUACUCUCAAUAGCUGGUGAGGAAGACACUGUUAAUAAUUAUCGCACGUCAAGUACAGCAAUUAUCCAACGUCAUCAAACACCUAUUAUACAAUGUAUCGAGCGGCGAUUUGCUCAAUUUCAAGGUGGUGUUGAUGUCGAUUGUAUCGAACCAUUACAAGUAGUAAAAUAUGCAAACGAUCAACAGGUAGCACCUCACUAUGACUGGACGCCGCUUCUGAAAGAUAAAGUUGGUGGCCAACGAGUAACAUCAUAUUUUAUCUAUCUACAAGCCAAUUGUUCCAUGGGUGAAACUGAAUUCCUUGCGAUUCGAUUCAAUAGAUCAUUACAUGAACGAUUCUGUGAUAUCUUAUUUUGUGAUGAAAAAUCCACUGAACGUGGCAUUCGAUUUCGACCAAUACCAGGAAAUGCAAUCUUUUUCUAUAACAUGGAUGAGUAUGGACGAGUUGAUUACUUGACAACUCAUGCAGGUCAUCCGCCCGGUGAAAAUGGUACCAAAAUUGGACUGAAUGUUUGGACACGUGUAGAUAAAUUACCCUUGUUUGCUAUAGAAUAA